AUGGCUUCAGACAUUCCAAAAGUAGUUCCUCUUACCUGCCAUGGGCAUUCUCGCCCCGUGCCGCAUUUGAGCUUCUCUUCCACCGUUGAAGAUGACCAGUAUUAUCUCAUCUCCGCCUGCAAAGAUAACAACCCGAUGCUGAGGGAUGGAAUAACGGGCGAUUGGAUUGGUACUUUCCUCGGUCACAAAGGCGCGGUAUGGCAGGCCCGGCUAUCGACGGAUGCCACCAUUGCAGCAACGGCGGCCGCAGACUUCUCUGCUAAGGUCUGGGAUACCCACACCGGCGAGUGCCUGCACACUUUACAGCAUUCCCACAUUGUCCGAGCCGUGGCUUUCCCCAUCCAAACAUCUCCCCAGGUCUUGGCUACCGGUGGAGUGGAGAAGAAGCUACGGAUCUUUGACUUGAGCCGCAGUGAGGGCAGCAACGGUUCUUCUCCUUCUUCUCAGUCCGGCGGUGUCAGCGCGCCGGGCUCAAAUUUACUCACGAGUUAUGAAAUUGGGCCAGGUGUGCACAAUGGGACCAUUAAAUCCAUUGUCUGGAACCAAGAUUACAACAUUCUCACCACAGCUGCCGAGGAUCGGAAAAUCAGAUGGUGGGAUCUCCGAUCUCGGCACCCUGUCGUCGAGUUCGCGGUUGAAGGCACGAUCGGGAGCUGCGAGUUGAACAGCCUGGCCGUCCGGCCCAACGAUCCGGGCAUUCUCAGCGUCGCAGCGGGGAAGAGUGUGUAUCUCUUCGACGGCAGCACCCCUGGUCGACUCUUGAAGAAGAUGGACUUCCGGUACGAAGUUGCCAGUGCGGCGGUGAACAACGAGACCGGCCGCCUCGUUGCUGGUGGUGCCGAGGAUACAUGGGCUCGCGUGUACGACCUGCACACCGACGAAGAAUUGGAAGUUCAAAAAGGCCACCACGGGCCCAUCUGGUCCAUCAGCUUCUCUCCCGAUGGCAAGCUCUACGGCACUGGAAGCGAAGACGGGACCAUCAAGUUAUGGAAAGCUUGCCGAGAGCCGUAUGGUUUAUGGCGGUAA